GCAAUAUUACGCAGACGCGGAUUUCCCAAAUCUUCACUCUGUCGAGUACGUAGCUCUUCUACGCCAUAUCCAGGCGUUGAGGAGUCAUGGCUUGUGCAGCUAUCUCGGCAGCGUAUUUGUCCUGUUACUCUCAUUCUGCUACUUUCGGCAAUAGUGAUACUAGUGGUACUGUCAUUCUCCAAUCGCCGUAAAAGCGUCUGCCUGGAGUGCUGCGGGGGUCGUCCUGGAUUAUACUCUCCAGUGGACUUGCUCCAUCGUGGACCACAUCGACUGAUCUAUGCUGUGAUAUUUGGAGCCAUGUCUGACCAGUUUCUGAACCUAGCACUGCAUUUUUCUGGAGGUGCUUUUUGCACCUCUGAUAAUCCAUACCGAAACACCUUUUGUAAUGUUGUGGUCAAUAACGUGCUGUUGGUGGUCUUACUGUGUCUGCUCUAUGGUCCUCUGUUUGCCUGUGUGAACACACCUCGCCCUCUCCUUGGACACAUCACUGGACUCCUAUACCUUCUCUUCUUUAUCAUAACCAUUGAGAUGGGCAGGGGCCUUGUCUAUGGUGGAUGUGAAGUUCAAAUCGACAAAGAAGGGGUUGCCAUUCUUGUUAUGGGCUUCAUACCAUCCUACAUAUUCUAUGUGAUUCUGCUAGUGUGGUUCAGCUACGAGAUUGUGAAUGAUAUACUUGUUCUAAAGAGAGGUUAUGGAAUUUCCCCCCCAUGUGGAAAGAAUGCAUACCUUUUUAAGUACACGGGAUACCUUUUAAGCAAGAGGGAAGAACUAGCUAAAGGUAGAUGGCAGCAACUCCUGUCCUUUUUCUGGAUCUUUGAGAAAGGUUUCAGAUUCCCUCUAAGAUUUCUUGCUCCCCUGAUUGUGAUGAUAACGAUAAAUUUCAAGCUUUUCUUUGUAGUAGUCUACGCUGCAUAUUUUGUACCGCCAUGGACAGAUGUUUUUAUAAGGAGUGUAACUGAUAUUGAAACAGGGGACACUUUAGCCAUCCUGUCGGGUUUUAUAGCGAUGGGGAUGUGUGGAGUUCUGCUUCUGCAGUUUGUAGCAACUGUUCACAAACACCUGAAGCUGGCAGCUCAGGGGAAGUUCAAGUUCUACAAAAGGACUCUCCCACCUCAUUCAAGCAUUCUGGCAGCUGCUCUGAAGUAUGGAGGUUAUCAGAUCGGUUACUUUGCAUGGGCUUGGCUGAUCUUUUGGGCCGUGGCUCUAAUACUAUUAGUGCUAAUAUCAUCUGUCUUUGUUGGUCUCAAACAUUACCCGGAGUAUGUUGGUCCAAAAGUCUUCCAAUUGGCAUUAACAAUUGCCUGGAUUCCUAUUGUGUUACUGGCACACAAAUUGGUAUGCAAGUUUGCUUUUCUGGAAAGUGACACUGGAGGACGGUUUCUAUCCGUUACAAACAGGAAUGGUUUCAACUGUUUCUCGUACUUUGUCUUCUUGUACAAUGGGAUUGUGGGGUUUGUGGCGGCCAUAUUCAGAGUCCUGCUCGGUCUCCUGUUUGGGACACUCCUCCUAUUCAGACUAGACCAGAACAUCAUGAUGGACCACUUCAAGUUUGCUGACCUAGGGCACAAGAUAUAUCUGGGGUUUCUCUAUCUGGAGCACACCUACAAUAACCCCGUGGCCAACACCUUUGUGGCCCUACUGACGGAUGGUGGUGACCAGGAAGAGAAAGGAGACAGAAGCGGAUUAAAUAGACAUUGCAGUAAAACUUAUGGGACUCUCUCCAGUCAAAAAGGGCCAGGUGGAAGGAACCGUAGGAUCCGGAACCGUUGGCUGGUGGCCUACACUCUGAUCAACAACCCCGGCCUCAUUCCACUGCGGGCCUCACAGAUGGAGGCCCAGGGAGAGGGAGGAGCAGAGGUCAAGGAGCAUUAUGAGCCUAUUGUGCUGAUACCUGGAAUACAUUGA